GGUGUUCGAUGUCUCGAGGCUGCCCAGCGUCGUGCAUGUCCAUGUCCAGAUUUCAGCAGCGGCUUGUCGCUCGGAGGACCUUGGAUGGAGUUCGGACAACCCGAUCCCGUCCGGCUGCCCUCGGCCAGGCUGGUCUCGUGUUGUCGGAGUUGCCUCGGGAGUCUCCUACAACACCUCCCGAGCGACCAUCCCCGCUCGGCUGCCGCUCCUGCAGGGCAGCAUAAGAGUCUGGUGAUCCACCUCAAAAUAGCCAAGCUUGGACGGCGGCCCCUCUGUCCUCUUCGACUGCCCCUCUGCCAUAUCGGCCCCAUCCCAAGGCAUCAAUCCAAUGAUCAGUCCAAUGAUCAAGACCAAGGGAAAACUACGGCUGCUGGAUCCUACUGCAUUGGCAUCACCCCGCGCCAAGCCUUCAGCCCGCCAUGUCAAAUCGGAAGCCGAAUCAUCAAGCUCCACCCAUGCAGCCGAUGCGCCGGCCGAUGCGCCGGCGCAGGGCAAUGCCAGAGAGUCCGUCCAAAUCAAAUCUUCUCGACAUCCUCUCGAGGAUCUCUUUAUUCCCCCAGCCAGCUCGCACGGAUCGCAACCCGGCUCUGCCUCGGACGAGUCAAGAAUCAGUCCUCCGUGCUCGCUCAAGUCGCCAGUAUCAGAACAGUCGCGCGAUCUCUUCCCGACAGCAGCCGGUGGUGAUAUGAGUGAGCACGAACCCGCCAAGAACACCGUCUCGGCUGCUGCCAUCCACGAGAUGCACGAGUAUCAAGUGCCCGUUUGCCUUUCCAGAGCACACGCCCUUGUAUGCCACACCGCCAGCCGCCUCUCGGUUCACUACCGCUUUGGAAGUGUCUCAUCACUCGUGUCGCAGUACCAGGCCCUGGUCCUUGCCACAAUGGAUUUUCUGCUCGUCUCUCGCACGAUGACCUGUCAGAGAUCCCCAAUGCCCGCCGCGGGACAAAACAGGCACCGAGUCUACCCCGAAAACCCUCAGACAAGCGCCGCCGCUCACUCAACGAUCUACCAAAUGCUCUCUGAAUACGAGGAUGCAAUUCGGAUGUCCCUAGGAGUCCUUGGCGAGGCUGUAUGCAGCCUCAGCUCUCCGAACAGCGAGGAUUCGGGUUCGACCAAGGAGCCUCUCGCUGGCGAAUUUGUGCCUCACUCGCUGGGCACAAUCCGGAUUCCGAGGGCCAAAUCAGCCCCCGGCAGCGCCGGUGCGCUUGAGCAGCCUGACGGGAUCUUUGGACGCUCUAUGAGUGGCUUUAUCGACACUCUGAAGCGAAGCUACGCCGGAGUCGUUAAGCUUGCAAGUCUCGACCACUCAUCGCCCGCUCCAGAAAAGCGGAAGGGGCGCCUUCCUUAUGAUAUCGGAUCCAUCCGCAACAAAUCUAGUGUUCGUUAUCCCAAGCGACAUUCACCCCUCGGCCACUCAAACUAUGACACCAUUCGGUGCAACAACAGAGGGGAGUUUGUUGAGCUCAAUGAGCAGUUCUACAAUCCGCUUCUGGAUCUCGCCCAAAACGGAGACUCGGGUGUGCCUCUGGAUUUCGCCGGCGUUGUCAGUAAGCUAGGCUCAAUGAAAGCAGUGAUGCAAAGCAAUCUUGAAGAGCUGAGAGUCGUCAAGAACCAUCUGUCAGCAGAAGGACAGGUGCCGCCUGGGGUCGUCAUGGACAUUGAAAUACUCGAGCGCUGUUACGAUAGCUGUGUCAAAGAUUUUGUAUCACUGAACUCCACCGUCAGGAGCUCCAUUCAAGAAAUCGUCACGCAAACGCUUGCACAAACCCAGCAGCUUGAAGCACAGCUGACUGAAUCGUCAGAAAAGCUUUUGGCCAAGGAAUCUGAGAUGAGCCGGAUGCAGUUUGAAAUCCUCCGAACGAAACAAGAAGUCAAAGAUCUCAAAGCCAAGAAUGCAGAACUCAAGAAUCUAAACAAGGCACUGUCAAAGAGGUCCCGCGAAUCUGUUGGACCCGUCUCCCGGGUACAGUCUAUUACACUACACGAACCAAACGCAACAUCAAUGACAUCUUUGAAUGAAAUGCCAAGGCGGCUGUCUGCGCGCAAGCCUCUCCCAUCCAUCGUACCGGAUGCGACAGAGCUUGCGCUGACGGCUGCACACGAGCGAGUUCAGCCAAAGGCACGAGCAUCCGCGCCGCAAGAUGUUCGUGGCAGUCAAUUGAUUAAUGUCGCUACAACGACGCCCAAUCGUCACUCCUGGAACUCAAACCCCUUUGAAGUAUCCCUAAUUACAACGGUCCAGGCGCUGUGGAGAGGCGAAAGUGCCCGCAAGCUGUACCGGAAUCACAUAUUUCGGAUGAUGAAGGUGCAGGAGAUUGUCAAGAUCGAAAGGUCCUUCGUCAGUGGGCUCGCAAAGAUUGAGCAGCAGUACAUACGGCCAAUUUGUCAAAGAAUGAAGGAGGGGCGAAACAUCAUGAGCGAAGAGGAUUUCGAAACAAUAUUCGAUCCGAUCAAUCGGAUCCAUGACUUUAAUGCCUCGCUGCUUUCGGAGCUGGAGCAGCGUGUGUCCAGCUGGCAUGUCGACCAGAUGAUCGGCGAUAUCUUCGCGAACAAGGCUCCUGACAUGGUCAUAUAUUCCGAUUUCAUCGUCAACUACCAAAAGAUAAAAGACAUGCUCUCAAGUAUGGCCCAAUCUGACGGUGGAUACAAGUUGUUUCUCCUGGCAAUGGGCCAGCGUCUCGGCAAACGAUUCGUCAACAUCAACGACCUCCUCAUCACUCCCGUUCAGCAGCUGCCACGGUAUAAGCUACUGUUACAGGAACUACUGAAAGCCACGGAACGGCACCAUCCAGACUUUACGAACCUGGAAGAGGCUGUUUCGAAUCUCAGCGAUAUCGUGCUCUAUCUGAAUGAGCGCAAGGGUGUCUCCGAUCAGCUCAGCCAUCUCGAGCAGUGCUUCGUCAACGAUCUCCCGUUUGAACUAAAUGUUCCUGGCCGGCAUCUCGUCAGCCAGUGCCAGGCCGCGGAGAUUGUCGUGGCCGAAACCAAAGAUGUCCUGGCUUCUGCACGAAGGGCACGGCACCUCUUCAUUUUCAGCGAUAUUCUCGUGAGCGCUGAAAAAUCACGAUUCAAGGCAUCAAAUCAGUACCUGUUCAAGUGGGCCCUCCCACUUCGAGACAUAUCUGGCAUGACCUGUUCGGAAUUGGAUCAGGGAUACGAACUGACUAUCGAAUGGUCUGACGACAACUGUUGCGAUGAGAGGGACCGAGCCGAUGCCAUCAGGCUCUACUUCAAUACCCAGGAAUCAAUAGACUCCUUUUUCAACAGUACGAUGACGCUGCAGCAUAGCUUGCGAGCAUCGAGUCUCCAGCUGCCCGUCGCCAUGAUGGGUUUAAUACUACCGUCUCCGGUGGCGACUAGCCUUGAAUCCAAGAAAAAGGUGCGUGAGCUGGAUCAAUUCGCCAAGAGCACUGUGCGCGUCCUGGCCGAUCAGAUGGAAAAGUUUCAAAAGCAGCUCAACUCCGAGACACUCGCCCGAUGGAACAAGUCGUAAUACUGUCUUGUCUAUGACUCCAGCCCUCUGGGUGGAACUAUGGCCCGUUCAAUCUGGUGGCUUGAUAGAGGCCUUGGAUUGGCUGGGCGAGAAUGUGCUGUGGAAGGCGGAUAUGGCUUCAGGAUCGAGAGCGGAUGUGGCUUCAGGAUCGAGAGCAUAUGUCAUUGCACCCGAACACGGAGAGCCCUGCUUCGUUUCAUGAACAUUUACAGGCAAUCCAAUAAAAAACGGGACACCCGGGUUUUUGACCAUUCAUCGAAUAUUUUGUUACCC